UAACUUUCGAUUUAUUACUGGGUAUCUGCCCGGUGGCAAGAAAGUUUCACCUCUUGCAAACUUGUAUUAAUCUUCUUAUAAACUCAUUCUCUACGUACGCCCGUAACCACCUUUUAUUCUUGUUUCAGGCUACUAUUACAGUCAAGAUACAAUCCUUCCCUCUAGGAUAUUUUCUAAAAAAAAUAGGUCUAUUUUGGCCAGAGUAACUGUUCAUUAGCACCGAAUAAGCUCAAUCGUUGGUGUCUUAGAUUUUUUUUUUUUUUACCUUUAUAUGUAUGUGCUACUCUGCUUCUGUGGAGGUUUACCUUUCUAACUGCUGAGUUUGGUCAGUGACAAAAUGUUUCAACGUCCGAAACCAGGCGAGGAUGAAAAUGAUAUUUUGAAACAGCAGGAAGAAUUUUUACAAGCAAAGGGUGUUAAUCCGUCGGCUUCCGUCAUCAACAAACGGAAAUCAGAGCCAGACAAAGCAACAGUUGGUGGAGGAGAAAAUGCUGGCCCCAAGCCGUCAAGCAAAAAGCUCAAAUCAAAAUUUUCUUCCUCGAGGAGUCAGCUGACACCGAACGAGGGUGCCACAAAAGUUCCAGGAGUAAGUCCAGUCAUCCUGGGUGAAAUCAAAGAAAGGACUGUAUCAGCCAAACAGUUUGUUGCACCUGUGAGCAGACCCGACUGCGAUGGCUUCCCGAGGGCUUUUCGAAGAGACAAGAUGCUGACAGGCGCAGGUCAAAGUAUUUUUGCCCAGCAAUUUGCAAAGAUGAGGAAGGACAAUUUGGAUGUCGAGAUGGAUCAAGAAACUGUUCAAGAGACGGUUCCACACGAGAAAGUUAUUGCGGAUCGCAGCUACAUGCUGACGGGCGCGGCGGCCGCCGACAUCCACCGAGACAACCUGAGCCGACUGGCCGCCAUGAGCGCCGAGGAGAUCAGAGAGGAGCAGCAGAGGCUGCUGCGGCAGCUGGACCCCAAGAUGGUGGAGUUCGUGAGGUCGAGGCGCGCGGGAGGAAGCGAGAAGCGCGGGAGCCGCGGCGAGGCGGGAGGAACGGGAGACGCGGGCGCGGACGCUGGCAGCGGGCGAGGCGGUCCGGGGGAGGGAGCCACGGAGCGAGGGGCGGGCGCCGUGCUGGGCGAGGCCACCGCGGCGGAGGCAAACAGGUGGCUGCACAUGGACGUGGUGGAGGAGGAGAAGCUGCGCUGGAUGACCGACCUCCCCCCGGCCCCGCCCGUCCCGCCGGACCAGCCGUACUCUGCACGCUUCGACUUUGAAGGACUGCUGCUGCCGUACGUGGACGAGAGCGUGGGCGUGACCCGGGCCCUGCACCACCACGGGGAGGAGCCGGAGCGGCCCGGCUACACGCUGCAGGAGCUGUGCCAGCUCAGUCGCAGCUCCGUGCUGCAGCAGCGGGUUCUGGCCCUCGGCACCAUCGCCAACAUCAUACACAAGACAAAGUGCGGCUACUACGACGAGUGUCUCCAGGACCAGCUGCUGGACCAGCUGCAGGACUCCGACAUCUUCCUGCUGCUGCGCUUCUCGCUGGACGACAACACGGAGUCCCAGCUGGCCGCCUCCCUCGCCGCCAUCAGGCACCUCCUGGUCAGCGACGCAGACGAGGUGUGUCUGGGCCGGCUGCUGGGAGGCCCGGGAGGACUGCUCCAGCCCUCGCUGGCGGUGAAGCCGGACCCCGCCACGGAGCAGGCCGAGCGGGACGAGGCGGCCGCAGAGCUGAUGGACCACCAGAUGGUGAAGCUGGACGUCGUCAGAGGAGCGCUGAGGACGGACCUCGUUCUCCGGCUCAGGUACAUACUGGAGGUUUUAAAGCCAGGUCCUAAGGCAGUGAUACAUGUGUUGGAAAUACUGACGCGCAUCGUGAGACACUCACACGAGGCAGCUCUGGCAGUGACGUGUUGCCCGCGGCUGAUGACACUCAUCAUGAGCCAGUUUCUUCCUCGGGAUUGGGCCAGAAUAGUUGGCACGGGCAGCGUGGCAGACAUGAAGUCUGUGUACGGGGUCCCACUGGUGGAGGCACUGCAACUGGUGCGGGUGAUCGCGUGUCAGUCCCGCGCCCUGGCGUCCGACAUGGUGCACAAGUACUGCGUCAUGGACUCCGUCGUCAGCUACGUCAACAUAGACCCCAGGGAGUGCGGCCUGCCCCACAAGGAGGCGCUGCGACUCAGCCUGGAGAGCCUGUACCUGUGGCAGGCGCUGCUGGCCUACAACCUGGCGGCCCAGCACGUCAGCGACCUGUUCCUGGUGCUGGCGCGGCUGCUGCAAUUCCACCUGUCGGCGACGUCCGUGGGCGACGACGGCGACACGUCGUCGUUCGGGCAGGAGCACGGCGCGGCCGUGCUGUCGCUGCUGGAGGCGGCCGUGGUAGCCGCGCACGCCCAGGAGACGGCGCUCGCAGCGCAGCGGGCCGCAGCGCAGCGGGACAGGUCGCCCCUGGUCCUGGGGCACGAGCACGUGCGCGGCUACCGGCAGCUGCUGGAGCUGUGCGUGCGCAAGUGGCUGUCCCAACUGUCCGCGCGGCCCGCGCUCUCGUUUUCUUCCGGGAAACUCGUAGGCUCAGCUCUGUCGUGUCUGGCCAGCUACAUCCGCAAGUUCUCAAACUGGCCAGGCAGCGACGUGGUGUCGCAACUGGAGGACUUGGAGCUUCUCUUCGAGAAGUAUCUCUCGCCCUUCGUGCAUAGCCCGAUCUUCACAGAGCUAAUGCGCGGCCUCAGGAGCUGGUCCUGCCUGCUGGGAGAGGGGCAGUGCGGCACGAGGAGGGAUCCCGGGGCGCUGCCCUCGCUGGGGGCGCUGUGCUGGGGCGGGCGCCAGGUGCAGCCCGUGGUGGGGUCCUCGUCCCAGCUGGCCCUGGUGCGGGGGCUCGUGAGCCUGCUCUCCGCCGCUCACGCCGUGCACAAGGGCUUGGACAAGCAGUGCCUGAGGGGGUUCCUGCGGCACCCGGGCCUGCUGGAGCACCUGGGACACGUGGCCGGCGGGCCGCUGGCCACCCCCUGGGGCUGGUUCGCGCGGCAGGAGGUGGCGCUGCUGUGCCGCGUGGUGCAGCUGGCGGCCGUGUGCCCCGAGGCGUGCGGGCGCAGGGAGUUGUACCACGCCGCAGGGCUGCGCCUGGCGACGCUGGCCCAGCGCCAGGACCGCCCGCUGCUCGCCCGGGUCCUCCGCGGCGUGGUCUUCUCCCCGCUCCUCCUGAGGGAUACGCCAGUCUUAGUCUCGCGCAUGGAGUCCUUGAAACUCAGUGAUGACAACUCAACGUCCAAGCAGAAAUUAUUAACGGAUGCUUUGACCAGCUUGCCGGCCGUGCGCGCGUGCUACGAGGCCGCGCUGGGGCUGGGGGACGCGCGGGAGGCGGGCCCGCUGGCCGUGGCGAGCCUCACUGCCGCUCCGCGCGACCGCGAGCCCGCCCUUCCCGCCGACUGGUUCUACGCGCCGGUCCUCUCGCUCUACAACCAGGAGCGCAGCGGCGAGGCAGCCAGCGACUCUGCCGUGCGGACGGUGUGCAGCUGUCUGCAGUGGGUGUUCCUGGCGGAGUGCGUCUGCCCCCGGGCCGCAGCGGGCGUCUCCCUCACCGCCCGCUUCUGCAGACUCUGCACCGUCUUCCUCGCAGCCAGCGACCUGUUCCUGGACCCCGUGAUCCGGGACUACUUGGAGGCGCUGCUGAGGCUGAUGCUGGCCAGGAGCUCCGAGCUGGACUUCGCAGAGAAGAUCCCGGGCCUCUCGUCCUUCUAUGACUUGUACACGCAGCUCCUGGACCAGUUCAGGGCGGUCUCGUACGGAGACAAGCUGUUCGGGCAGUUCCUGCUGGUGCCCCUGCAGCAGCGGCACUGCGCCGACUUCCGCAAGCUGGCGUGGAGCGAGUACGUGUCGGAGCUGAGGCUGCUGCCCGCCGGCGCGGACGAGCUAUUCUUCCCCUGUGACCUGCUGCUGAGACCCCGCGAAGAAGACCCCUCUCUGCUGGCGUGCUAUCUGAACGCCCUGACGUCUGGCGUGGUGAGCGAGAGCCAGUCGCCCGUGCUGCGCCGGCUGGCAGCGGAGCACGUCGCCUCCUUCGUGGCGCGCCGCCCCGACACGCCCCUCGCCAGGCAGCUCCGCGCCGGGAUCGACGCGAUGCGCGAUGCGGAACUUCGAGAACUUCUGUUGGACAAGAUAGCCAAUGAAGUCAAGUCUUCCUCUUCAUGAUGUAGUUUUUUUAAUAAACAAUUAAAUUUAAUAAACAAUUUAAAGUUA